AUGAAACUUUUAAUCUGUUUAACCAUUUUGGUUGUAGUAGCUGUAGUUAAAUGUCAUCCUACUUUUGAAAUACAAAAUGGCGUUGAGACUUUAGAAGGUGUUGAUGUUAAUGCCGGAUUAGAUGCAAAUGUAAAUGCUGAUGCCGAACUUACACGCAAAACUCGUACUAUUAUUGGUAGAGGAUUCUGUUGUGGUGGAGGUUUCGGUGGUGGCGGUUUUGGACGCCGUCGCCCCUAUUAUGGUGGUGGUGGUUUUGGUAGGCCUUAUGGAGGUGGAGGUGGCGGAUUCUCCUCGGCUAGUGCAAGUGCUUCCUCAUCGUCUUUUGGAUUCGGCAAAUAG